ACCGGUGUCCGGAAGGACCAAUCAGAGUGUGCCGGCCGAGGUCGGAGAGCCAAUGGAGGGGAAGGGAAGCGGCUGCCGGCCGGAAGUGAGGCGCCGGCGAUCGGGCUGAGGGGAGCUCGGCGGGCAGGUGAGGGCGGGUGGCUGCCUGCGGGUGCCGAGUGGAGUCGUUUUCUCCGCUGGGUAUUUUCGUCUGGGAAAAAUGGGUGAACCUCAGCAAGUGAGCGCCCUUCCUCCGCCUCCAAUGCAAUAUAUAAAAGAAUAUACUGAUGAAAAUAUCCGUAAAGGCCUGGCUCCAAAGCCACCUCCCCCUGUGAAAGACAGUUAUAUGAUGUUUGGUAAUCAGUUUCAAUGUGAUGAUCUGAUUAUUCGACCCUUAGAGAGCCAGGGUAUUGAACGGUUGCAUCCUAUGCAGUUUGAUCACAAGAAGGAAUUAAGAAAACUUAAUAUGUCUAUCCUGGUCAACUUUUUGGACCUCUUGGAUAUCUUGAUAAGGAGUCCAGGGAGUAUAAAGCGAGAGGAGAAACUGGAAGACUUGAAACUGCUUUUUGUUCAUGUCCAUCAUCUUAUAAACGAGUAUCGCCCUCACCAAGCUAGGGAGACACUGAGAGUCAUGAUGGAGGUGCAGAAGCGUCAGCGCUUGGAAACGGCAGAGCGAUUUCAGAAGCACUUAGAGCGAGUUGUAGAGAUGAUUCAGAACUGCCUGGCUUCCUUGCCUGAUGAUCUGCCUCAUUCAGAGGGAGGACUGAGAGUGAAAACGGAACCAAUGGAUACUGAUGUUGGCAGCAGCUGUAUGGGACAGAGUGAAAAGCAGAGAGAUCGUUCUGGUGGCAAGAGAGAUCAGGUUUUAGACAAAGAUGCAGCAAUGUGUAGCAUUAUUGAUGAAAUGACAUGAAGAAAACAUUUGUUUUUGUUAGCUUGCCAUAGUGAAAGGCAGAACAGAUUCUAAGGGUAUACACUGUAUUUUGUUGUACAAGCAGAAAAGGCAUUUAUUGUACACCUGUUGAGUUUGUGAGUGACUAGACGGGUGAAAAUUUUUAAUAUUCUGUGAGCUUUGUGUUUAUUGGUAGAAACAAAAAUACACUUUUUGUUAAUCUGUGGCUACCACUUCACAUGAUACAUUCAAAGUUAGCUUCUUCUAUUGUAUUUAAUUUGUCACUUUCUAGUUUUUUGGGUGUGCUGUUUUGGUUUUUUUAAUUGCUUUAUAGUGUGGAAGCAAGCGAGGGAUCUGACAAGAAUUGCACUUGACAGUUCGUUUCAAACAAGUGCUAGUUGUUCACAAUUUCAGUGGGUCCUUUCAGGAAUGUGUAAUUCAACAUUAAAAAUAAAAUCAGUGUGAAGUCUGCAAAA